UUUGCUGUCGCUCAUAUUUCAGUCAUGUUAGGUUGAACCACAACUGGCAGGAUGGAUGCGGCCACUCUUACCUAUGAUACACUACGAUUUGGGGAGUUUGAAGAUUUCCCAGAGACACCUGAGCCUGUCUGGAUCCUGGGGAAACAGUCCAGUGCUCUUCUAGAGAAGGAUGAGAUUCUGUCAGACAUUACUUCACGCUUGUGGUUCACCUACAGAAAGAACUUCCAGGCGAUUGGAGGAACAGGACCUACGUCUGACACAGGAUGGGGUUGCAUGCUGCGAUGUGGACAGAUGAUUCUUGCUGAAGCAUUGCUUCGCAGACACUUGGGUCGUGAAUGGAGAUGGGUGAGAGGUCAGCAACCAAGAGAAGAGUAUUUGAACAUCCUCAAUGCCUUCAUAGACAAGAAGGACAGCUACUACUCUAUUCACCAGAUAGCUCAGAUGGGAGUGGGAGAGGGCAAGUCCAUAGGCCAGUGGUAUGGCCCAAAUACAGUGGCACAGGUACUCAAGAAACUGGCAGUGUUUGACACAUGGAGCAGAUUGGCAGUUCAUGUGGCCAUGGACAACACUGUGAUAAUCGAGGAAAUCAAGAAGUUGUGUAUGCCGUGGUUGGACUUUGAGAGGGGAGGGUGCACAGACCCUUUGGAGAUGAACGGGUAUAUGGAGGGGGCAUGUGCCAUGGCUUUGGAAGACACAGCUGUGUGGAAACCACUUGUGUUGCUCAUCCCCCUGCGCCUGGGCCUCAGUGACAUCAACGAGGCCUAUAUUGAAACUCUAAAGCAAUGCUUCAUGAUGCCCCAGUCUUUAGGAGUUAUUGGUGGAAAGCCGAACAGCGCGCAUUACUUCAUCGGCUUUGUUGGUGAGGAGCUCAUAUACUUGGACCCUCAUACAACUCAGCCAGCUGUAGAGCCGUGUGAAUAUGGAGAGAUUCAGGACGACUCCUAUCACUGCCAGCACCCGCCGUGUCGCAUGCACAUCUGUGAGCUCGACCCAUCCAUAGCUGUUGGCUUCUUCUGUCAAACAGAGGAUGACUUUGAUGAUUGGUGUGCACAUAUUCGAAAAUUAUCAAGCUGUAGAGGUCUUCCCAUGUUUGAACUUGUAGACAGUCAGCCAUCACAUCUGAUCAACACCGAAGCCAUUAAUCUCACUCCCGAUUUCUCAGACUCAGACCGGCUUGAGCGUUUCUUUGACUCUGAAGACGAGGAGUUUGAGAUCCUGUCUUUGUGAGGAUGAGAGACGGAGAGAGAGCAAGAUUGUUCAACAUACAGAACUCAGUGCCACGCUCCCAGAGAGGAGUCGUACACUGACAUGAGGCCUGCCUAGCAUUUGGUGGCAUAGUCACCUGUGUAAAACUCAGCUUCCUGCUACACUGACCACUCUCUGUGUCAUUCUGGGUCUUGAGGUCAGAGGUCAUCGCCACAGGCUCUGAAGAGUCUCAGUAUGUUCAUAUUAACACUCAACAUGUAUCCAUUUUGAGUCUUAACACUUUUCGUUAUAAAGUGACUGUGCCUUUUUAUGCGCCUACACUAAUUCAGAUUUGCCAUAACUCACUUUCGGUGGUCAUCAGGAGCAUGGCUCCUCACAGUAUGUUAAUGACCUACACUGCUUUGAUGUCUGUAGCAAAUUGUAAAUGAAAACCAAGAUGUAAAGCUUACAGACCAAGUAGGUUAGCUUGUGUGCUACAGUACAUUUAUCAAUGUUUAGAAUAUCUGUACACAAGAUUAUUUUAAGAUUAUUUAUUUAAUCAAUUGUACAAAAGCAAAAAUAAAAAUAAACAUUAUACACACUG